AGUGUUUAUACAUGUUCUUGAGCAGUUUAUCAAUAAUCUAAAAAAAUGGAUUGUAAUUCAUUGCCUACUAAGCAAAAGAAGACUCGUUAUAUUGUUCUUCCUGCUUGGUUGAAGAAUGCAAUCUCUACUAAGCAGUCAGAAGCUUCCAGUUCUCCAAUAAUGUCUUGUGUCACAGAAAUUUAUGGAAGAGCUUUAGGUCUUGUUGAGUGUUCUCAUUCCAAUUCUUCCAAUAACAAUUUUAAUAAAUCUCCAAUCACUGAUGAUGGAAAUAAAUCAAACAAUGGCGAGACAACAGAAUGGGUAGACACAAAUAGAGUUUCUCUGCUACUAUUACGUACUGGUCUUCAUGCAAAUGUUCUUGCCAUACUCUGGGAACUUGUGAACUGCAGCAGAACUGGUCAGCUCUCUAGGAAUGAGUGUGCUGGCUUGUUGGCUCUCAUUGCCUUGGUGCAGUCUGGCCAGCACCUAGUGUCAGCUGAAGUACUUGAAAAGCUACAAGAGCCAGUGGUACCUGUACUAGAUCACCCAGCUUUAAUACCAUUUAUUCAGCAAUUUCAACAGCUCAAGCUUCAACAACAAAAAAUUCAGCAAGAUUUAAAACAAUUGCAGGAACAGCAGCAACAGCCAUUCAUUUUCCAAGAUCCAUCCAAAAUAUAUCACAAAAAUACUCUUCAUAGCACUGCUAUGCAGUCUGUGAACUGGCUUGCUCCUGAAGGCACAGCUUGUACAGCUGUGGCUUCCAGCAAUGCCAAUGAUGUUGAUGAUUUUGAUGACUUUGUUGGGGCACCUCCUCUGAACAAAUCUGCUAUCAUUGCUACAGGCAUUAAACCCAUGGCUGGUGUGCAGCAGAGUGGAUCAUUUCUACCUCAAGUUACUCAGCCACAGCAUACAGUGAUAACUCAAGCUUCCAAUUUCUUUUCCCCUCAAAUCAGUCAAGCUCAACGUUAUUCUACUACUCUUGCCAUGAACUCGUAUGUUCAAGGACCAUUAUUGCCAUCAGUCACUGUCCAGACUAAAAGUUUCCCAUUAGGUGUUGAUAAAUGCAUGAAUUUGCCUCAUGUGGGAUGCUCUCCAAAAAAUUCUCCAAGCCAAAGUUAUGACAAUUCAGCUGAAGAUGAUUUUGAUGAUUUUCAAAGUGCAACUUCUGAAACCCCUGGUAUGCUGUCCUCAGAUGGGUCACCUCGUAGUAUUCAUCAGACUCUUAAUGUUCCUGUUACAAUUCCUAGUACAAGCAAUACUAAAUGUGAAUUAGAAUAUGGAAAUGCAACUUUUACUGGAGCUGAAAAGCAAACAAGCUCAUUGACAGACCAGUUUGCUAAUUUUUCCAUUUUCAAUGCUACGCAGUCUUGCAAGAAAGAUAGCAUUAAUACAAGUUCACAACUUCUCAAGCCUGAUAAAUUGACUUCCAACUCAACUGAAGAUAGAUAUGCUGCACUGCGAAUCAUGGAUUUUGAAGAUGACACUUCUAUAAAUAACCAGUCUGCCAGUUCAUCUAAUGUUCUCAAGAAUUCUAUUGCUGAUGACUCAUUUGGGGAGUUCUGCUCUGCAAACAAGUCUUUUACUGAUGAUAAUUUUGGAGAUUUCACAUGUGUUACUUUGCCAGCUCCAACCAAUACAGUCUGUACUUUUGCUCCCAAUUUUGAUGCUGGUUUUUCCAACAUGACUCUCCCAACUAGUGCCCAACCAGAUAUCAUAAAAUCAAAUACAACCAGCAACAAAGCAGCAGAAGUAACAAGCAUAGUGAAGGGUUCUACCAGGGACCCUUGUUCACAGUCCACAGCAGGUGUCAAAUAUCCUUCAGUUUCUCUAUUGUCUACUGGCUCUUCAUCUUUGAUCCGGUCACAAAAUUUACCCAACACUGAUAGUUCCACUAUCAGAAAUCUAGAAAAAAAUACAUCAUCUGGACCAUCCGACUGGAGUGAUAUAUUUGGGGUUCUUCAUGACAAGCCACAAAGCACUUCUUCAUCAAAAUAUUGUGAAGACCUUCCCCUUCCAACAGAAUCUUCUCUUACCUUUGCAGGCUUCACUGAAGAACCCCCUUCAUUCCCCAAAACUGCUUGUGAUGAAUUUGGAGACUUUGUACUGGCUGAUGGGGGUGAUUUGCCACAGCAAGUAUUGAAUGCAAACUUCCACAAUCAUGGCGAGGCUCAUGAGCUAUCUGGUUCUCCUCAUGCCCCUGUUUUCCUCACGUCUCAUGACAAUCUCAACUUCUGUGCAUCACAUCCUGAGGAAAACGUCACCAAAAAACCUUCUCACGUUUUUACCGCUUUUGAGCACCAUUCUGAUGCUGCGCCUUCUCCAAUAGAAAUGAGCAGCAGCUGCCAGCAACCUCCUCCCAUAUCUUCCUCGACAGUUGGCCUGGGCCAGCUAAAUAUGCAGAAAGACCUGUCUCCUGCUGCUGACGUUGGCAUUGGAGGAAAAUUUGACUCAGUGGAGCCAAAUAUUCUUUCCAACUCCAACAUAAAUGAACCUGGCAGUAUAAAAUAUCCUAAUGAUGCUCAUGGAAUUGAUAGAUACCAGAGUCUGAGAGAGGACAGCGAGUUCCUUGCUGGAAGUAAAGGCUGUGGCGCUGAUGGAGUCGACGCGGCCGCCGAGUGUUGGAAGCGCUGCCUGCAGGGGUGCCACCAGCUCCUGACCAAUGCAUUUGAUGCACUGCAGCCUCUGGGGUGUCUGGACUCAGCGUCAACAAACUCCUCUAGCACGAGUGGUCAUGAGGAACUUGAGCCGCCCAUGGACUGGAAGAGGAUUGCAUCCACAACUCAAAUGAAAGAGUUCAUAGCAGGCGUGAAGGAGGUGGCGGAGGUGACCAGGAGGCUGCGGUCGGCCGCGCGCCGCUUGCCGUGCCACCAACUGACGGCGACACUCGACGCCUGCGCGCUGCUCUGCUCCCAGCUCUCCACCCUGCUACAACCUCUCCAGGUGGAUAACUUACUGAGCGAGGAGGACGUGCCAAGCAGCCCUUCGUCAUGUUCCAUUUGCCUGACGAGCCUCGUCACCUCGUCUGCGGCGUCCUUCAGUCUCGCGUACGGCGGCAACGAAUACCACUCGGGCUGUGCGAACCUCUGGCUCAAUUGCGUAGACUUGAUGCUGCCUUCGAUUUCUCCUGCUUAACCCCUUCAGUUCUAGGCUUAGGAAUAUAUAUGUAUGUAUAUAUUUAUUUAUUUCAUUAUAUAAACCUUGUCAUGAGCGGUUUGCUACAUGAACAACUGGUUGUCAAGUAUGAAAAUUUUAGUGUAGGAAUGGAGCACAAACAACGUGAUGGAUUUAAGGGCGUUGGCUGUGCUUUUCAUCCUCGACCACUUGACAGCGGAUGUAAUUCCCAUCACAAUUUUCAUUUCCCUCUUCACUUUUGUCUAGUCUUCAGAGGCAAUAACGCGAGCUAAUAAUGAGAAACAUAUUUAUUAAGUAAAGGUAAUUUUUGUGUAACAUGUAUAUAGUUGAUUAUUUUAACAAGAGACCUUAAUAGUAGGAUAUCAGUUGUCAAACGAGUGUAAUAUGUUGUAGAAUGUUGAUAUUUAUUGUGAGUUUUGUGACGUAAUGAAACAUUCAUAGUCACGUAUCAGCUGUUCCCUUAGCUGGACACGAUUCCUGUUCUCUUCUCACAGUCCCCAGCAUUAAUAUUUUCCUCACUCACACCACUUACGUCACUUUUUGCAAUAAGUUAAGGGUUUCAACUACUUAAUUCCUGUUAUUUUCUUACUCAGGAAAUUUUUAGCGGUUUAUGCAAUUUCCUAUUAUUUUAUUAAUGUUCUUUGUAACUUCCUAAAUUUUAGAUCCCCUCAAUAUUCGUUUGUGAUGAAGCGUUAAAAGUUUGGUGAAAUCUUAUAUUGGAUUUAUGUGUUGAACUGUACUUUGGCGUUUGAUGAUUCUUUAGACUGACGUCAUUCAGAUAUUGAGCUCCGGGAUUCUUCAUGCUGAUAAGAUGUUGCUUGGCACCUCGUGUAGUCAUCGCAUUUUUUCACCUCUUGCAAUAUUAUAAAUCUUUAUUCCCAUUUCUUAUAUUUCUUUAUUCCCAUACUUACACUCGCUUCUUCACGGCUUCUAAAAUUCUUGGCUCUAACACAAAUGUCUAACCUCAAUUGUGGAACUUGUCUUUGCCGAAUUUAAAACUUAGAAGCGAAUUUUGACCAUAUAUUUGCCUGCCGCUAGGUAGCUAAUAUUAGCAUAAUGUAUCAUUGAAGGAGCUAAUCUGCGCACUGCAGUAAGCUGAGUGUAAUUAAAAAUCUUAUUUUCAUUUUUUAGGGGUUCAAU